AUGAAUGCAGAGAAGAGUGAGAAGGCAGUUUUCUACCAGCCUGUUAAUGAGCUGCUUCCGCACCCUCCAGGUCUAGUUCAAGCCCGGAGACAUCCAAGGCGACCCUUUUUUCGCAAGUUACUGGUUCAUGCUAGCUUUUCCCUCACCCUCUUCCUACUCUACAAGGCCCUCUCCACCAGCUGCUUCGUUGAUUUGAAAAAAGACUGGCAGGCAUAUCAUGACAAGAAGUCCUCUGAAUCCUAUGACAGUUACAUUAAGCGUAUCGAGGACGGCUAUCUUGCCGUCCCGUCCGCGGAGUCUGCCCUUGCAGCCUCGCGUGACUAUGCUACGCACCCGCAUUUGGCCGGCGCAGUGGAAGACUUUCAGGAUGCAAAGGACAUCCUUGCACUCUUCCAGUCCGAGUUUGGUAUCCCUGCGCCUGCUACCGAGCCCAUCUACCCGGCAGGCUCCCCCGAGUCCCGCGAGGCAACUCUCAGUUCAAUCUCCAAGCUUAGCAAACCUGCUGCAUGGGUCGACAUCUAUUACCCUGUCAUGAAUACAGGUAAUGCAGACGGCUUGGCCGUGGAAUUACUCGGGGAGAGCGACCAGCCUAUCUGGAAAGCCAACUUGCUUGAGGAUGGUGACCCUCGUGACGAGACUGCCGCCAAGUACAAAGAUGCCAUUCCACCCUGGCACGGUCUCAGUGCGGGUGGUGAGGCUAUUGGCCAAUUAGUGUACGCGAACUACGGUACCAAGGAUGACUAUGACAAGCUCGUUGGUGCUGGAGUCGACCUCACAGGCAAGAUCGUCCUGACUCGCUAUGGUGCUAAUUUCCGUGGUCUCAAGGUGCAAGGUGCAGCAGAGCGCGGGGCACUUGGUGUACUGAUUUACUCUGACCCUCGGGACGACGGCAGUGUCACUGUGGAGAACGGAUACGAGCCGUACCCCGCCGGUCCUGCUAGAAACCCUUCAUCCGUUCAACGUGGCUCGGUUAUGUACCUCUCGAUCUACCCAGGUGACCCCACCACGCCAGGUUAUCCUGCAUACGAGAAUGCGACACGUAUUGAGGCAACUAAUAUUCCAACUAUCCCAAGCUUACCACUUUCGUGGGCCAACGCCAAACUUCUUUUUGAGGAGGAGCUCGGUGGUGUCCUUGAGGGAACCAAGUUGAAUGGGAGGGUUGGAAGCAGAAAAGUCAGGAUGGUUAAUGAUGUGGACACCAAGGUCACCCCUAUCUGGAACACCAUGGCCGCAAUUCCUGGCCACAUCAAAGACGAAGUUGUUCUCCUUGGGUGCCACCGUGACGCUUGGGUUAUGGGUGCUGCGGAUCCCACAUCCGGCACUGUCUCUCUUCGUGAAGUCGUUCGGGGACUCGGCGCGCUUUACAAGCGUGGAUGGAAACCGCUGCGCACCAUUGUCAUUGCGAGCUGGGAUGCUGAGGAGUACGGUCUCAUCGGAAGCACUGAGUGGGGUGAGGAUUUCGCAGAAUGGAUCCAGGCGCACGUAGUGUCCUACGUCAACGUUGACGUUUCAGUUGGUGGUUCGCGCUGGGAUGCUGGGGCUUCCCCUUCUCUUACUCACCUUAUCCAGCGCUCUGCCCAGGAUGUCCCUCACCCUACUGAUGCCCAAAAGACCCUCUGGGAUGCUCGUUUUGACGUUGGCCCUUACAAUGGCCCCGUGGAUGCCGGAUUUGCUCGCAUGUGGGACGAAAAGACUUCCAAUGCACCACACAUUGACCCACUGGGAUCGGGAAGUGAUUAUACAGUCUUCCUGCAGAGACUUGGGGUUGCCAGCUCAGACCAGGGCUUCGGUAUGACACCGACAGAUGCGCCAUACCACUACCACUCUAUUUAUGACUCGCAGAUGUGGCAAGAAGUAUACGCAGACCCUGGUUUCCACAAGCAUGUUGCUGUCGCGCAGAAUUUGGGUCUGAUGACCUUGCGUCUUACAGAUUCCAUCAUCCUCCCUCUGAACACCACUCAGUAUGCACUUGAGCUUGACUCCUACGUCGACAUUGUCAUUCAGUCUGCUUACCGUGGAGAUAUUCUGCCGGAUCUGUACCCUCUCAGGAAGGCCAUUGCAAAGUUGCAGGAUGCAAGCUUUAAGCUGGACGAGGAGAAAGCCUCUGCCGAAACGGCCUUCCGUAAGGCGCUGAAGAAUAUUGAUCGUGCACGCGAUCCCCGCGUCGUUCGUCGGAUCAUCCAAUGGAUCAAGGAACAUCUCGGUAUUGGUGCCCUGCAGGUUCAAGACUUGAGGUUUGGCGCACUCAAAUGGAUGUCGUCUGUAACGGAGUCAAGCCUCUCGGGACCGGAUAUCUGCAGGUCGCGUAGCAAAGGCCCGCUAUGUGAUUUCGUACGUGCAGCUAAGAGGGUCAGAGUCGCCAAUCAAAAACUCGCAGCGUUUGAACGUGGAUUUAUCUCUGAGGACGGCAUUAAGGAUAGAGAAUGGUUCAAGCAUUUGGGCGUUGCUCCCGGGAAACACACAGGGUAUGCGCCGACGACACUACCAGGUCUAACGGAAGCUAUUCUGAUUGAGGAAGAUCUCGAUCUCGCCGAGUAUGAGGCUGCUCGGCUGACCACGCUCAUUGAAAACCUCGCAGACUUCCUUGAGGUCUAA